GUCUUGGAAGCGCACACCACAGGGGGAGAGGGAGAAAGGAAAGGAGAGAGAGAUUUCUUCAUUUAAUAAUAAAAAGCAGGGUUUGGGUUUUUUGAGUUGGCCUUUAAAGGAGUACAAGCAGUAGAGAAAUUGAAACUGAGUCAACUCUGGCGAUUCUUUGUUCUUUGUUAAACCUCUGUAAUUCUCUUGACUGACUCGUUUUUUUGUGACCCAUCCAUCACCCUUGGAAGCUAGCUAGCUAUUGGGAAUUAAACAACGGUCCUGAUUUUGUUUCAAAGAUUCUUCUCGCAGGGUGUUGGGUUCUUCAGAUCCUGCAAUCUGGUUAGUUUUAUUUCUUUUGCAAUUGUAAUGAGAAAAUAUAAAUAGAUUCGAUUGAGGGAACAUUCUUGUAUUAUCUUUUGUUUUAAGAUUCUUGAGGUUUAAUAGGAAUGGCUUGCUUAAUGUAGCACCGAGGGGGGACGUAUUUUUCCUGGUCACUGUCUUUUUCUUUGUGGGUGGUGAUUUCAGAUUUUUGAGCUGCUGAUGGAUGGAGUUUUGAUUUGCAGUUUAUAAAUUGAUGAUUGACUGUGAACUAGAUUUUUUUUUCCUACUAAAUCUAUUGCGAUUGGCUUUGGAGUUUGGGGCUUUUUUGGGAGGGAAGAAGCUCUCUUCCUUCAUUGCCGCCACUCUCACCUUCCACAUAGAUAGCAGGGAUUUCAUUCCAUUUCAUGUCUCGUAAACUGGACAGCCCAGUUCAAACACAGAUGGCAGUGGCAGUCUUUAAGAGCCCACUUGGUGGGGAAUACCAUGGAAGUAAAAGAAUGGAAGGGAAACAACCUGCUGGGAGGAGACGAGUUUUUGUGCAAACCGAUACUGGUUGUGUCUUGGGAAUGGAGUUGGAUCGCAGUGACAAUGCUCAUACAGUGAAAAGAAGGUUGCAGAUUGCCCUUAAUGUGUCAACUGAGGAGAGUUCCUUGACUUUUGGGGAUAUGGUGCUGAAUAACGACCUCAGUGCUGUUCGUAAUGAUUCACCUCUUCUUUUAACACGGAACUAUCUUCAUAGAAGCUCAUCUACUCCCUGUCUUUCACCGACUGGAAGAGACAUCCAACAGAGAGACCAGAGUCGUCCUAUUGAGAUAUUGGGACAGUCAAAUAGCUUUGCUAAAAUGAAACAGGUGGUCAAGGAAAGUAUCAAGGCAAUUAAAAAUGGUGUUGACCCACUUCCUGUUCAUAGUGGGCUCGGUGGUGCAUACUAUUUUAGGAACAGCAGAGGUCAGAGUGUUGCCAUUGUGAAGCCAACAGAUGAAGAACCUUUUGCACCAAACAAUCCAAAAGGUUUUGUUGGCAAAGCUCUUGGGCAACCGGGUUUGAAACGGUCUGUGCGUGUUGGGGAGACAGGGUUCAGGGAAGUGGCAGCAUACCUUCUUGACUAUGAUCACUUUGCUAAUGUGCCCCCUACUGCACUUGUGAAGAUCACUCACUCAAUCUUCAAUGUCAAUGACGGGGUAAAUGGCAAUAAGCCACACAAGAAGAAGCAGGUCAGCAAGAUUGCGUCUUUCCAGCAGUUCAUUCCACAUGAUUUUGAUGCCAGUGAUCACGGGACAUCAAGCUUCCCAGUAUCUUCUGUGCAUCGUAUUGGGAUAUUAGACAUUAGAAUUUUUAACACUGACAGACAUGCUGGGAACCUUCUAGUCAGGAAGCUUGAUGGUGUCGGGAGAUUUGGGCAAGUGGAGCUGAUUCCAAUUGAUCAUGGGCUUUGCUUACCAGAAACAUUGGAGGAUCCAUACUUCGAGUGGAUUCAUUGGCCUCAGGCUUCAAUUCCGUUCUCAGAUGAUGAGCUUGACUAUAUAAAAAAACUUAACCCUGGCAACGAUUGUGAUAUGCUGCGAAUGCAGCUUCCGAUGAUCAGAGAGGCUUGCCUCCGGGUUCUAGUUCUCUGCACAAUUUUUCUCAAGGAGGCUGCCAUCCAUGGUCUCUGUCUUGCUGAAAUUGGUGAGAUGAUGAGCAGGGAGUUCCGACCUGGUGAGGAGGAACCCAGUGAGCUUGAGCUUGUGUGCAUUGAGGCAAGGAGGUUGAUAGCCGAGAGGGAGGCUUUCUCUCCCAGGGGUGAUUUGGGAGAUGAUCAGGAAUUCCAAUUUGAUUUAGACUGCGAUGAAACACAAUAUGACUUCACUGCUAAGCUAACAGCAGAUGACUACAUGAUCAGGUCACCAUUCCAAUUUGGAAUUGGAUCUGGGAGUGGUCGUUUCCCACUCUCAAAAUUGGAGGAAAGCAUUGAGGAGGACGAGGAAAGUGAAGGGGAGGAAGAGCAAGAGGGUUUUGCUGCCCUGCGUACUCUUGAAAAACUCCCAACCAUUUCAAAGCUUUCCAUGUCAUUGAAGAGUACCACGUUAGGUGACAAGAACCAGAAGUUAUCAGGAACAAAACCAGAAAAUGGCUGUCUUAGUAAUAGAUCAUCUGGGCACAGGAGUGCUAACGAGCAGCUUCCUGCAAGUAUAAGUUUUGUGGAGCUGGCAGAUAUGACUGAGGAAGAGUGGACCUUGUUUUUGGAGAAAUUUCAGGAACUGCUGUACCCAGCAUUUGCCAAACGCAAAUCUGUCACCCUAGGUCAGAGGCAGAGACAGAGGCUUGGUACUUCAUGCCAGUUUUGAGAUAUGAGAUACCGGUAUGAAGAUGAAUAAGACUUUAUAGGUUUGUGGGAGUGAACGGCGGUUUUUAGUGUAGGUUCAGUCAAUGGGUUUUCUCCCUGGAAGGUGUUGUAGCUUGGAUCUACUGUAGGAGGAACUGCUGUAAAUAUUCUUGGCAUCAGCAAAGUGAGGACUCGCUGAGUAGGAAUUUGGUUGUAUUUCUUCUACUUUUUUUUUUUUUUUUCCUUUCCAUUUUUUUUUUGUUUUACCUCAACUCCAUCCAUAUGAACUUGUUUGAUAAAUAAUUUGUAGAGUGAAUAUCCUAAAGAAAGAAAGUGUGUAAAUAGUGACAUCUUGGCUUUCUCGAUCUUGCUAUCAAUCAAUUAUUUAUCCGUUUUCUUUAA